ACCUCCCCGCGCUUGCGUGCUGCGCCAAGGCUGCGAGGUGCUAAAGGAAGAGGCGCCGCCGCCAGCGCCGCCGCAGGGACCCGUUAGAGCGGAAGCGUUGCUGCGGCCGCUGUCUUAGCUGUCCGGGGGCCUCUGGUUCCUGGCAGGUGGGAGGCGGGAGCCAUGUCGAAACGGCUCCGAAGUAGCGAGUUGUGCGCGGACUGCAACGGGCCGGAUCCUUCCUGGGCAUCAGUAAACAGGGGAACUUUUAUAUGUGAUGAGUGCUGCAGUGUCCAUCGGAGUCUAGGGCGCCAUAUCUCCCAAGUAAGGCAUCUUAAACACACACCAUGGCCUCCCACACUGCUUCAGAUGGUUGAAACCUUGUAUAAUAAUGGUGCUAAUUCUAUAUGGGAGCAUUCUUUGCUGGACCCUGCCUCUAUUAUGAGCGGAAGACGUAAAGCUAAUCCACAGGAUAAAGUACAUCCCAAUAAAGCGGAAUUCAUCAGAGCCAAGUAUCAGAUGUUAGCAUUUGUCCAUCGCUUGCCCUGCCGGGAUGAUGAUAGUGUGACUGCCAAAGAUCUUAGUAAGCAACUACAUUCAAGCGUGAGAACAGGGAAUCUUGAAACCUGUUUGAGACUGUUAUCUUUAGGAGCACAAGCCAACUUCUUCCAUCCUGAGAAAGGAAACACCCCACUCCAUGUUGCCUCCAAAGCAGGACAGAUUUUACAGGCUGAAUUAUUGGCAGUAUAUGGGGCAGACCCAGGCACACUAGAUUCUAGUGGGAAAACUCCUGUUGAUUAUGCAAGGCAAGGAGGGCACCAUGAGUUGGCAGAACGCCUCGUAGAAAUACAGUAUGAGCUGACGGACAGACUAGCCUUUUAUCUCUGUGGCAGGAAACCAGAUCACAAAAAUGGACAGCACUUUAUAAUACCUCAAAUGGCAGACAGCAGCCUGGAUUUGUCUGAGUUGGCAAAAGCUGCUAAGAAGAAACUUCAAUCUCUAAGUAAUCAUUUGUUUGAAGAACUUGCCAUGGAUGUGUACGAUGAAGUUGACAGGCGAGAGACUGAUGCAGUCUGGCUUGCCACACAAAACCACAGCACCCUGGUAACCGAGACGACCGUCGUCCCCUUUCUUCCGGUCAAUCCUGAGUACUCAUCCACACGAAACCAGGGCAGGCAGAAAUUAGCUCGGUUCAAUGCCCAUGAGUUCGCCACACUGGUAAUCGACAUUCUCGGUGACGCCAAGAGGAGACAGCAAGGCAGCCCUCUCUCUAGUUCAAAAGACAAUGUGGAGCUUAUACUGAAAACAGUCAGUAACCAACACAGUGUUGAGAGUCAAGACAACGACCAGCCAGACUAUGACAGCGUGGCCUCGGAUGAAGACACAGAUUUAGAAACCACCACAAGCAAAGCAAACCGGCAGAAGAGCCUAGAUUCAGAUUUAUCAGAUGGACCAGUCACUGUGCAGGAAUUUUUGGAGGUCAAAAACGCCCUAGUGGCUUCUGAGGCCAAGAUACAACAGCUAAUGAAGGUGAAUAACAACUUGAGUGACGAGCUGAGAAUUAUGCAGAAAAAGCUUCAAACACUCCAGAGUGAAAAUUCGAACCUCAGGAAACAGGCCACAACCAAUAUAUAUCAGGUGCAAACUGGUUCUGAGUACACAGACACUUCCAACCACUCUUCCUUAAAGCGACGUCCGUCUGCCCGAGGCAGUAGGCCCAUGUCCAUGUACGAGACGGGAUCAGGUCAGAAAGCAUAUCUCCCAAUGGGAGAAGCCAGCCGCCCUGAAGAGAGCAGGACAAGGCUCCAGCCCUUCCCCGCACACAUCGGGAGGAGUGCGCUUGUGACCUCCUCUUCAUCUCUGCCUUCCUUCCCCUCCACACUUUCCUGGUCGAGGGAUGAAAGCACCCGAAGGGCAUCCAGGUUGGAGAAGCAGAAUAGCACACCUGAGAGUGACUAUGACAAUACUCCCAACGACAUGGAGGCAGAUGACACGGGGUCCAGCCGAAAGGGAAGGCAAAGAAGUAUGGUGUGGCCAGGUGAUAGCUCAGUACCAGACACGGCAGAACCCUAUGUGGCCCCAAGCCCCACUCUCCCCAGCACUGAAGACGUCAUCCGGAAGACUGAACAGAUCACCAAAAAUAUACAGGAACUCUUAAGAGCAGCCCAAGAAAAUAAACAUGACAGUUAUAUUCCCUGCUCAGAGAGGAUACACAUAGCAGUUACAGAAAUGGCAGCACUAUUCCCAAAAAAACCCAAGUCUGACAUGGUGAGGACUUCCCUUCGCUUGCUGACAUCCAGUGCCUACCGACUCCAGUCAGAGUGCAAGAAGACUCUCCCAGGGGACUCCAGCUUACCCGCAGACGUCCAGCUGGUCACACAGCAGGUGAUCCAGUGUGCAUACGACAUCGCCAAGGCUGCUAAGCAGCUGGUCACCAUCACCACCAAAGAGAACAACAACUGACAGAGGAGUGCCACCCUGCUGUUUCCUAGGCUUUUUAAAGUCUGAUUUCACAUUUAGACAUGGAACGGAUUUUUACAAAAACAAACAUUUAAUGACGGUUUAAAACUUUUUAAGAGAAAACUCAGUAUUAUUUUUGCAUGUUUUCUAACAAAUUUUCAACUAUUAAUUUAACCCACUUGCCUUAUUUUGUGCCUGUUUGCCAGUUUAGUUGCUGAUGUUCUGUUGUGUUGUCAAGGACUGUUGAGUUAAUGAUCAUGUACGUCUAAAAGUACAGUUUCAUUGUUUGAAAUUUGUUAAAACUUUUCCAGAUCUUAAAACUGUCUGCCUAUUGCUAAAACUCUAAAUGAGAUUUUUGGUAAAGUAAAACAUUUUCUUGAGGGAGUUGGGCAAAAAAAAUAUCAACAUUAUCUAUUCCCUGCCAAGCAUUGUGCAAUAAGUGAACUUUUCAGCCUACUACAAAAUCUCUAAGUUUGGGGUAUCUCCAAGCAUGUAUGUAGAGAAAGGACUUUGCCACUUUCUAAAGGUAGUUUAACAGUCUCUCUCAAAAGGACAUAAUGAAUUGAUUCAUUUCUUCUAUCAUGUUAAAUAUUCUGUUAUUUAAUUUUUUAAUCUCGAUCUUAUAUCUCUAUAUUUUACUAUCAUCCUGGAGUCAGAUAAAGUGAUCGCCUUCCAUGGCAUGUCACGUUAGACCACAUUCAGGGUAGGAGCAUUACCUGUGUCGUCACCCAUGGUCAAGUGCUCUGCCUUACCCCUGUCAGCCAGAUAGGUUAAAUCAGACGUGCAGCAAAGGAAAGCGUUAUCCUAACAAGCCAUAGCUAAUUUUGUACCGCCCACUCGAUAUCAUUGCCAUGAACUGUAAGGAAAAGAGGUGAUCAACUCCCUGACAUUCUCUUGUACCUUUUAUCCAAAUCUCAAUUACUCCUGAACCCCUUACAGCUCUCUCACACAACCUGCUUCACAUAUUUUGUCAUGGUUAAGGACUUCUUACAAGGUAAGAUGUAUACAGUCAUCUGAGUUAGUUUUUCAUCCAUUACCUCACUGGUACUUAAAAAUUGGACAUCAACUUUCAAGAAUUCCUUGGAGAGUGUGCUCUAGCUGGCCACCAGCUCUCCCAGAGUCAAGGAGAAGUACACGCUUAGGUGCUGCAGCCUGCUGGGAGUGUCUCUGAUGAUAGAGCACCUUCUUGUUCCUGGUGACUGCUGCAGUUCUGUGUUGGUGUGGUGCAGACUCUGACCUGACAGAGCAGGCGCACAGCAGUGUGGAGGGGAGAGCUGGGGAACCUGUGGGCCACCCAGUAGGGACAGAGAAGGGGUCUAGGGUUGCCAGAGCUUUGAUUUUUCAAGAGAUAGCUGAAAAUCAGAAGGUUUUCUUUUACGUGCCAUCUCUCCAUUUAUAAAUUUUGGCAACCAAUUUGAGCCUUUUCAGAAAAUGUGUGCCCGUGAGCUGUGGCCUCUUGGCUACUAGCUUCACAGUCUCUGCCCCAGGGCCCUGUAAACUGUACUGUGAGGGCCUGGCUUCCCUGGACAUACCUGGAUUAGCCUCUGAGCAUUACCUGUAAUGUAGCUACCUUGCCCUGUGUAAAGUCACUGCCUCUCCUCUUCUUACCUUGCAUCCUGUCCCAUAGUGCUCAUUCACACGUGUGAAGAUGUCAGAAUAAUCCAAGUACAAGUUGCCUCAGUCCCUGCUUAACUAAGCCUCUGUUUUCACAGAACUGAUGCACACACACCUUUGUAGCCUGACCGUAUGCUGUCCUGAAAGUACCACCACAGUGGUGUUUGGCAUCCCACAGUCCCAAUGUGUGGAUGCCUUUGUCAGGCUUGGCUGUGCUGUAAGUAGCAUGGGAACAAGGUCCACAUUUG